AGAACUACUACUACUCACUGAAUUGACUGACGUGUAUUAUUUACUAUUGCAAAAUAAAUAAAAUCACAAUAAAAUGUCUUCACUUACUGCUGUAAUUCCAAAAUUGUAUCAAGAAUACACAACGAAAACUCCUAAGAAGCUUAAAAUAAUUGAUGCAUACCUUUUCUAUAUUUUCCUUACUGCGGUCAUACAAUUCGGCUACUGUUGCCUUGUCGGCACUUUCCCAUUUAAUUCUUUCUUAAGUGGUUUUAUAUCUACAGUAAGCUGCUUUGUUCUUGGAGUGUGUCUUCGGCUACAAGUCAAUCCAGAAAACAAGAAUGAGUUCCAAGGGUUGAGUGCCGAACGUGGCUUUGCAGAUUUCAUAUUUGCACAUCUGGUGUUGCAUAUUGUUGUUAUCAAUUUCAUAGGAUAAAAUAUAAACUGUUUCAUAUAUUAUCUCAAUAAAUUGCACUUAAGAACUA